AUGUUGACUCACCAGUUCCCACCUUUCGCGUUUCAAUCUCGACCUCUAUAUUUCAGCCUCUCUCACGAUAGACUCUUAUUUUUCAGUUUUCAGACACAAGACCCGGAGAACUCAUUGAUUGCGAGCUCCGAUUCUUAUCAACUCGAACCUCAAAUCACGAAAUCUAAAAACCUCAUCCGUAUCCGCAAAUUUGUUAUCACCACCGUGGGCACUUUCAUAAUGGACGACGUAUUGUCCCUCCAAAACAUCUUCGCGGGCUUGAUGCCACCAGAUUCAGAUCUCUCUGAAGCAUUGUCAACGUUGGCUUUUCAGCCAAUCUCUUUGCGAGCUCGCACUACAGAAACACAUCAAAGGAACUGGAUCUUCGAUUUCCCCACCCCUCUCUCUCCAGACAACGCGCUGCGUACACUCCCCCCAGAAGCUACCGGGCCUUCAGACCUACACGCGUUCAGAAAGAAGAGAAAACACAGACAUAAACCCAAGCACGACGAAAACAACAACCCAGCACCAACAAUCCCCCAACUUACGCACCUCGAACGCGGAGCUCGUCCCGACAAACAGCCUGGCGAAACAUGGCAUGAAGCACGCGCGCGCUGGCGGAUUGAGAGACCGCUGUUUGGGGGGUUGACAGGGGGAGAGGUGGAGUUGAAGGAUUAUUAUUUAGCUAAGGUUGAGGGAGGGGAGGGUUUGCGAGACGAUCAGAGGAAUGCUCUACAAAGAUAUGUAAAGGAGCAAAUUACGUAUCGAUGUAAGGAAUUGUGGAAGGAUGAGUGGAGCAAGAUGGGCGAGGAGGAGGUGAUGAGAGAUGAAGUUGUUAGGGGGUUAAGUGAGUUGAUUAUGAGGGUUAAUAAGUUGCCUGUUGUAGAAGGUGGGAAGGUUGUUGGUGGUGAGGGACGAAAACGAAUCCGCCAGCGAGCUCGUCAUCGGGGUGGCAAGGACGAUAAAAGUGCGGUGCAGUAUGAAAUUGCAGAUAAGAACGCAUUGGAGGAGACUGCUGAUGGAGUGGGACCCGAAAGUCAGAAGUAA